UGUGGCAGUUGAAUUUGAGUCAUCUUCGGUGAAGUGCUGCUGAUUGUCAUAAAUUAAAGAAACUAGACUAUUUUUGUAACAAUAAUCAUUUAAAGACAUUAUUAGUGUUCAAAAUGUCGCGAGCUGGUGAAAGACCUAAUCAAGCACAAACCUACAAACUAGUCGUCGUCGGCGGCGGCGGUGUGGGAAAAAGUGCAAUCACAAUACAAUUUAUUCAGAGCUACUUCGUGACUGACUACGACCCCACCAUUGAGGACAGCUACACUAAGCAGUGUGUCAUUGAUGAUGUUCCAGCCAAACUUGACAUCCUGGACACAGCGGGCCAGGAAGAGUUCAGCGCGAUGCGAGAGCAGUACAUGAGGUCCGGCGAGGGUUUCCUCCUCGUCUUCUCCGUUGCUGACCACGCGAGCUUCGACGAGCUCUACAAGUUCCACAAGCAGAUCCUCCGUGUCAAAGACAGGGACGAGUUCCCCAUGCUGCUCGUUGGUAACAAGGCUGAUCUGGAGAACCAGAGGGUGGUGUCCCUGGAAGAGGCACAAGCAUUGUCUCGCCAACUCAAAGUGCCGUACAUCGAGUGCAGUGCGAAGGCGCGCAUGAACGUCGACCAAGCCUUCCACGAGCUCGUCCGCCUGGUGCGGCGCUUCCAGGAGGCCGAGCGCAUCAACAUCAAGUCAGACUACGGCAGCGGCAAAAAGAAAAAGUGCACCAUCUUGUAACACAACAAUCCAUCCGUGACUUUGGUGAGUUCCCGACACCUUCGAAAUUCAAACUUCGCGCCGCUACGAUGACAGAUGAUUUUUUUUUAUGCAAAGGAGUUUUACUCGUCAGGGAUGCACUGCCCACCUAAGGACUUUAGUCGAAUAGCUUUAAUUUAAUAUUUAUAUUAAAAGUGUUUUAGCUUACUCAUAUUUAUAAUCUAAAACCGCCAAAUAAUUGAUGGAUUAGAUGGUUUGUGCAUCUCUAACGUUACAUAUUGGUUGUAAUAUAAUUUUAUAUGUAUUUAUCUA